UGGGGAUCGCACUGAAGAAACACAUAUACCCGAAGACCGGGCCGAAACUUAUUCAAAUAGAAGACGUUAAAGCGGCGACUUGAAUGCAAAUAUGUCUGGUGAAUUUAAGCUUGGGAAACUUAUCAAUGAGGGCAAGACCAAGAAGGUCUAUGAACUCUUGACUGAUCCUUCAUUAUGUUUGCUAAUAAGCAAGGACCGUAUUACAGCAGGUGAUGGUGCAAAAGCUCAUGACUUAGAAGGGAAAGCUGAAAUCAGCACAGCCACUACAGUAAAGGUUUUCAAGCUGCUGUCUGAAGUUGGUCUUAAGACAGCAUUUGUUAGUGCUGGUACUGAGAAAUCUUUUGUAGCAAAAAAAUGUGACAUGAUACCUAUUGAAUGGGUCACUAGAAGAGUGGCGACUGGUAGUUUCCUCAAGAGACAUCCAGGAGUCCCAGAAGGAUACACAUUCAAUCCGCCCCUACAAGAAACAUUUUUUAAGGAUGAUGCUAAUCACGAUCCACAGUGGUCUGAUCAGCAAAUAAUUUCUGCUAAUUUCCAAAUGGGUGGUGUAAAGAUAACAAAGGAUCAGCUGAAUAUCAUGAAGAGCAUUGCUCUCCUUGUUUUUGAGGUUCUUGAAAAAGCUUGGGCUACCCGUAAUUGUUCUCUGAUAGACAUGAAGAUUGAAUUCGGUGUAGACACUAACGGAGAGAUUUUAGUUGCUGAUAUCAUCGAUAGUGACUCUUGGAGGCUUUGGCCUGCUGGAGACAAAAGAUUAAUGAAAGACAAACAGGUAUACAGGGACUUGCGCGAGGUGAAACCAGAAGAUUUGGAGAAAGUAAAGAUUAACUUCAAGUGGGUAGCGAACGAAUUGGACUACUGUCUCACACAACCCAGUCCGUUGAUUGUCAUACUCAUGGGCUCAAAGUCCGACGAGGAACACUGCCGAAAGAUUGCGAAAUACGCUGCAGAAUUGGGUCUGAGAACGCAACUCCGAGUUUGUAGCGCUCACAAGAGCACUAAGGAAACCUUAAAUAUCAUCGCCGAAUAUGAGAAUUGCAAAGAAAAGGUGGUGCUCAUAGCAGUGGCCGGUCGCAGUAACGGCUUAGGUCCAGUACUCUCUGGCAAUACUACCUUGCCUGUCAUAAACUGUCCACCUUUCAAGUCGGACAGUGUCGCACAAUACAUGUGGUCUUCACUUGAUCUUCCCUCAGGACUUGGUUGUACAACAGCUUUGUAUCCGGAAACUGCUGCAAUCUCUGCAGCGCAAAUCCACGCUUUGGACAAUCAUAUUGUAUGGUCUCGUUUGCGGACGAAGCAACUUGCAAACUACAUUACUCUGAAGAAAGCCGACAUUAACAUGCGAACAUCGUGCGCUUAAACUUACUAAUUCAAUCUAUCAUAGAUAUACGUGGUUGUGUACGUACAACGUUAAUAACGUUGUUACCAUACAUAAUUGCUUUCAAAAGCCGCUUUAUCGCCUAUUAAUAUUAAUAUAAAUAUUUUUUCGUAUUGGCAUAUUGAUUUAUUUGUCAUUGAGAUGUAAUUUUUGCUUUAUAUUGUCCACAGUAAUUUUUUUUUCUAUUUUAUAAUGCUCGACGCAAACAUAUCGGCCAUGUAUCAAUCAUUUAUGUAUGUACAAAUUUAUACACAACUCUAUCUGGUAAAAAAUAUCAAUAUAAUUGUGCCAUAGAUCUUGAUAAAAGCAAA